GUCAAUUGUCAAGUUAGUUUCCAUAACAAAUAACAAGAAGCAAGUAGUGCUAGUGAUUGUAUUGCGCAAAUAGCUGAACACCGCAUCAAGUUUUAUAACGGAAAUUGGUAUAAUAUAUAAUUAUUAUAUAAGUUUGUUUUAUUAAAAAAUAUCUUAUACUUUAUAAUUAUUGAAUAAUUUGGCUGAAUUGAAAAUGGCUGAAAAUGAUGAAAAUAUGCUAUUAGCACUAGAGCAAUCGCAACUACAAUUAGAACAAACAAUGUCUGGAGGUAACAACAAUAGUGGGGAGCUAAUCCUAUCUCCAGUACAAAUUCAACAAGAAUAUUUUGAAAAUUUGCCUGAUUAUGAUUGGGUUAAAUACGAUUACGGCCAUCGGAAAUACUUGUUACAAAACAUAGCAUUCGCUUUGUUUGGAGCCCCAAGCUCUGAAGGUGAUUUGUCUAUCUUAAACAACGUAGAAGGUACACAGCUGGAAGGAUAUACAUCAAGACAAAAGGAACAGGUUAUGAAAAUUUAUGAAACACUCUGUAAACAAAGUAAAUAUGCACAAAAUGAUACGGAUAUACUUAUGUCAGUAAUACUGAUUGUGUGUGCAAAUCCAAAGCCUGUCAAGUUCUAUAAGAUCGAACCAUCCAACCACUGGGUCGAUUUACAUCUACGCAAUGAUGUUAACAUAUGGUGCACACCUGUGUUUUGUGUUAGAAAAUGUAUUCCUACUACAAUUAACGCUAAGCCGUGCAAGGUUUUCAUUGAUGAAGAUGCAAGAGUUUACCAUAACUGGACUUCAUAUUUAAAUAACAAUACUUUACCGAAAUGUGUCAUUAUUGCACCUGAAAAUGGAGUAUACCAGGGGGAAAUUAUUCAUGGUGAGGAGUUAGUAUCUGUGAAGUUAACAGUCACUCCAUCACCAUCAUUAGGCCUUAAGUCUAGAGUACUCAGUUCAGUAGACACCGCUAGCACUGUGGCUUCUUUAGGAGCAAUAGGAGUACUUGGUGUUAGUGCCUUGACACCUAUAGGACCCGCUGUGAUUGUUGGAGCUACAGUCGCCACUGUCGCUACAGGAAUAUAUGGUCUUGUGAGAUCUUCUCUUCAUCUUCAUGAUAGAAAUGUCCAUGAACAGACUAUCAGUCCUACGGAUCCAGAGGCACGUGGCAGUUGGCUCAAUAUAGCAGCUUCCAGUGUUGGGCUUGCUGCUGGAGCUGCUAGUGGCUUACUAUCUAAAUCAGCAGCAGCGGGUACAAAUAUGACUAAAACAGGUCAAGUCUUAGCUGCAUCAGUUGAAAUCCUUCGUCACGCUAACUUGGUGACUGGAGGCGCUGGCGUUAUCCACAGCUUAGUGCAUAUCAUACUAAAAUAUCACAAACAUGGCGAAACACCAACGAAACUAGAACUCUUCCAGUUCACAAGUGCCACUUUAUUCUUCUGUCAUGCUGUCGUUUCUAAUCGCACUGCGCAGAAUAUUAUAGAAGAUGCUCAAGCUAAAACUAUUAAUGAAUAUCGUUCCAAUUUAAGAAGUAACAAGCAUCGAAAAAUUUUCGAUAAAAUCAAUGCUGAGACACGAAGAAUUCAAGGAGCAAUACAAGGCAAUACGGAAGUGAUAAGGGGCAUCCAAAACAUUGCUAACAAAGAUCAGUAUUUUGCUGAUGUACUCAAAAUUAAUAAAGAUUUAAACCAGCACAAACUUAGAAUAUCCAUGACAGCUGAUGGACAAGUUAAUCUCAACGCAGUACACAAAUUCAAUCCAUCCGAAUUGUAUAAUAUGGGUCCAGAGGGAAGGACACAGCUGUUCUCUUCAAUCGGACCAGCUAAUCUUGACAUGCCUAAUGCUCCAACACGUAUUGCACCUUCAACAACGGCUGUCACUUAUGUAGAUAGAGAAGAAGAAAAUGGUCUCUUAGUUGGUAUACAUCCGGGUGAAGUUUUACGAAUCGGUACAUUGCUAGUCAGGGUGAGUGCAUCAGGAGCCGAAAACAUUGCCCUUCUACUUGAAAAUCUUAGCCAAGAGCUCUAUGCUAAUUUGAUGACGGUUUCAUUCAAUGUUUUAUCGAAGAUGAUGCCUCAUGAGAUUGCAAGAUUAAGAAUUUUGAGCCCCGAAGAAGAUCUGAUAGUGCAAAUAGUUAAAUUCGUUUUCAAUUAUCUUAAAGAGGAAAGACCGAUGGGCUCUUACCGAAACACUGAUAAUGGUAUAGUAAUAGUUCUUCGAGAAUUUUUUCAAGAGGGCAAAGUCCGUCAGGAAACUAUAUUGAAAUUGAAGAAUCAUUUUAUGGAUUGGAUCGAAGAGAAAAUAAUUGAAAGGACACAAGAGUUCCCAAACAAGAAACGUGUCACAUGUUCCGUAUGUGAUGGAGUUCGGUUUGCUUGAUGGCCUUAUGUACAAAUCAAACGCACUUUAUACAUAGCCAUAUACAAUAUUCCAAUGAUAAGAGAAGAAAAGUUAACAAAACUUAUAUCUACAUAUUCAAAUAUAUUUAGUAAGAGCUCUGCUAUACAAUUUUCUACAAACAAUACUUCAAAUAUUUCUAAUACAAACUAUUGCACUUAACUAUUUAUAUCCACUUUAAUUUUACUUUAAUAGCUUCGUUGUUGAAACUUUAAAAGUAAAAGUUUAUUGCGAAUAUAUAAUUAAAUCAUAAAUUAUUUAUGUAUCUACCAAUGAUAUUAAUUCAAAGUUGCUUAUAUAUAAGAAGUAACUUCUCUUGACAUUGGAGUUAUAUAUAGAUAUAUACGUUUAAAAUAAUUUAAUUUCGUUUCGCGUUUGGACUCUACUACCACUUACCAACAGGUGGAGUAGAGUCAUUUGCCCUUCCGGCGAAUAUAAAAAAAAAAAAAAAUAUACUGUGAGAGAGUUACUAUAUAAA